GUAACUGGUGUGACUGGGGGUAACUGGUGUGCCCGGGCAGAUCCUGCGCCGCGGCUGCCACGUGAACGACCGUGACGGGCUGACGGACAUGACGCUGCUGCACUACGCCUGCAAGGCGGGCGCCCACGGCGUGGGGGACCCGGCGGCGGCCGUGCGCCUCUCGACGCGGCUGCUGGCGCUGGGGGGGGACGUGACGCUGCGCAGCCGCUGGACCCACAUGAACGCCCUGCACUACGCCGCCUACUUCGACGUCCCCGAGCUCAUCCGCACCCUGCUGCGCGCCGCCGCCCCCCGAGGUGCGGGGACAGGAUGGGGGGGCCCGGUCCCCUGGGGAAGGACACUGGGGUCCCCGGGGGGAAGGACGGGGGGCGGGGGGGGGGGGGGCGGUCUCCUGGCCAUAGGACAGUGGGGUCUGCGGGGGAAGGAUGUUGGGGUCCCUGGGGUGUAG